GGAUCCAAUGAUUUGGAUUUGAGAAGAUUCCCUUCUCUCCGCGUGGGAAAAAGCCAGACGGCGCUUAUAAGCUCGACAGUGAGAGCAGAUCAGGAUUCCCCUCCUACCCAAAAAUACUGGAAGCAAUAGGGAAUGGAUCUGCGUCUCCGAUCGCAACAGCCGGCGUUCUUCGAGGCGGUUCGGUCGGGGGACGUAGAGGCAGUUCGGCGGGCGGUGGAUGGGGUGGCCGAAGGCGGCGGAGAGGAGGCUGUGUCGGCGCUUUUGUUGGCGCAGACUGAAGCAGGAGAGACGGCGCUGUACAUAGCGGCCGAGCAGAACUUGGAGGAGGUGGUUCGAUACCUGCUGACUAUCUGCGACUUUGAGACGGCUAAGAUUCGCUCCCGCCUCGACAUGGAUGCCUUCCAGGUCGCCGCGAAGCAAGGCCACGUUGGUAUUGUCAAGGAGUUGUUGAAUGUGUGGCCUGGGCUGUGCCAGUUAUGUGAUUCAUCAAAUACCAGUCCUUUAUAUUCUGCAGCAGUUAAGGAUCAUUUAGAUGUUGUAAAUGCUAUACUGGUUGCGGAUGAGAGAUCCAUAAGGAUUGUAAGAAAAAAUGGAAAGACUUCACUGCAUAUGGCUGCAAGAAAUGGAUUUUUUCAGAUAGUCAGAGCUCUUUUAGAGAAGGACCCGGGACUAGCUUCAAUCAGGGAUAAAAAGGGUCAGACUGCUCUUCAUAUGGCUGUAAAAGGAAAGAAUCCUUAUGUCGUGGAUGAAUUACUACAUGCAGAUCCCACAAUACUCAAUGUACAGGACAAGAAGGGUAACACAGCUUUGCAUAUAGCCACAAGAAAAUGGAGGCCACAGAUGGUGCAACGUCUGCUAAGAUACGAAUCCGUGGAAGUAAACGCCAUCAACAAUCAGAACGAAGCUUCAUUGGACUUGGCAGAGAAGAUUCCAUACGGCGAAUCCCAGCUAGACAUAAUGGAAACCCUAACAGAAGCCGGCGCCAAGAAUGCCCGAAACAUCGGUCGGAUCGACGAAGCAUCAGAGCUAAGGCGAACCGUGAGCGAUAUCAAGCACGACGUCCAGAACCAACUCAUCCAAAACGCCAAGACCAACCGCCGUGUUUCAGGCAUCGCAAAAGAGCUGAAAAAACUCCACAGAGAAGCCGUUCAGAACACCAUCAACUCCGUAACAGUCGUCGCCACCCUCGUCGCCUCCAUUGCUUUCGUCGCCAUCUUCAACCUCCCUGGCCAGUAUCUCCAGGAUGGUCCCGAAGUUGGCAAGGCUUACAUAGCCGGUAAAACUGGAUUUCGCGUGUUCUGCCUCCUGAACGCCACCGCUCUCUUCCUUUCCCUCGCCGUGGUUGUGGUUCAGAUCACUUUAGUUGCGUGGGAGACGGAUGCUCAGAAACAGGUGGUCCAGGUCGUUAACAAGCUAAUGUGGGCUGCUUGCCUCAGCACCGGCGGAGCAUUCCUGUCGAUAGCUUUUGUGGUUGUGGGGGGAUCGUCGUGGAUGGCGAUGACGGUGACCUUAAUCGGAGGGCCUAUAAUGAUUGGGACGCUGGUGAUGAUGAGCUACCUUGUUCUUCGACAGCGGUUCAAGCUCGGGGAAGAUUCACAGAGGCGGAUCCGCAGAGGAAGCGGAAGCAAAUCCUUCUCAUGGUCUCAUCAUUCUGGGUAUUCAGAUCCGGAUGCUCUUUCUGAUCAUGAAAAAAGGAUUUAUGCUCUGUAAGUGCUCCUUGCUUGUCUGUAUAUAAUGUAGCAUGGAAGAUUAUCCCUUUUUAAUAGUUUUGUACAUAUUUUAUUUAGGUUGUUGAUUUGUUUUCUA